AUGUCGAGGAAAGCAUUCUUAGAUCAGGAACCCCCACCAGGGUAUAUACCCGGGAUAGGUCGAGGAGCAGUUGGAUUUGUUACUAGUGUUGAUACUUUCAAUAAGGGUCUCGCCGUUACCCAAGCUGAAGAAGACGAGGAAGAGGUUUACGACAGCAAUGGAGCAAAUGAAGAAGGAAUUCUUGCCACAACUCGUCAAGAUGCCGAUGAUGAAGAAGCUGAUCGAAUUUAUGAACAGAUUGACCAAAGAUUGCAAUCUAAGCAAAAGCAAGAGAUUACUACUGUCGAAAAAGAUAACAAAGUCAAUUUCACCGAUUUAAAACGAGAUUUAGCCAGAGUUUCUGAAGAGCAGUGGGAAUUAUUACCAGAAGCUGGUGAUAUCACAAGAAGAAACAAGCGAUUACGUAUUCUAGAACAGCAACAACAAAGAACUUAUGCUGUGCCUGAUAUAAUUAUUGCUGGUGCUACUGGGGCUAAAACCAACUUUAAAUCUAUUUCUGAAUCUCGAGAUAAAUUGCUUGGGUCUUCUUUGGAUAGUUUAUUACCAACUACUAAAGUUGACUUUGAGUUGGAAAAUCAGAUUUUAAACAUGUCUGGUGCAGAGCAAGACGUUAAAAUUGCCGAUAUAAACAAAGGUAGAAUAAUAUUAACUUCACUAAGAAAAACCGAGCCUUUCAAAGCCAGUUCGUGGAUUCUGUCAGCCAGAUUGGAAGAGCAAGCAAAUAAUUUAAAUCAAGCAAAACUGUUUAUCAAAGAAGGGUGUCGAAAAGUACCUUCAAACGAAGAUAUUUGGCUUGAAAAUAUUCGACUACACCAGAGUGAUAUAAAAUCAUGUAAAAUCAUCAUAGCUGAUGCAUUAGGUCAUAAUAGGAAGUCAGAAAAGUUGUGGUUAAAAGCAGUAGAACUUGAGAAUGAUAGAAAUUCACAAAAACGAGUAAUUAUGAAAGCAUUGCAAGAAUUACCAAACAAUCCAACUUUGUGGAAACAAAUUAUUGAAUUGGAACAAGAUUCUAAUGCUGUAACAAAACUAUUAUCUAAGGCGGUUGAACUAUGUCCGCAAGAAUGGGAUCUUUGGACCGGACUUGUGAAUGUUUCAAGUUAUCAAGAUGCAAAGGUCUACUUAAACAAAGCCAGGAAGGCAAUUGCUGGUGAUCUUCGAGUAUGGAUUGCUGCAUGUAAAUUAGAAGAACGAGAAAAUCCUGAUAUUCCACAACAGAAAUUAGUUAAAUUGAUUUCAAAAGCAAUUUCUGAACUGAAGCAAGAUAAGGAAGUCUGGUUCAAGCAUGCUGAAGAUUCGGAAACCGAAGGUUUUGCUGGUACUUGUAAGGCAAUAAUUCAUGGAUACCUUGACUCAGUUAAACAUUCUGACUUUAAACAAUUGUUAAAUGAUGCUAAUACUAUGUUCAACUCGGGAAGUACCAUCACAGGUAAUUCGAUCUUGCAAUUUAUUAUAAAUGUUCAUCCUAAUGAUAUAGAUUGUUGGACGAUGUUGUUUGCAUCAGUGAAACAACUGGGAGAAAACUUGGACACCCUAUUCAAAUUUUAUGACCGUGCCAUUGAAUUGAAUCCAAAAGUUGUUUUAUUCUAUUUGAUGUAUGCUAAGGAUUUGUGGAAACUUGCUGGUGAUAUUAAUAGAGCUAGAAAAAUUCUUGUGAAAGCUCAAACUUCACUCAAUGACCAAUCUAUUAAUUUGGCUAUUCUUAAAUUAGAGAUGCAAACUGGCAAUUUCGAUAAAGCAGAAUCAUUUGCUACUGACUUAAUAGAAAAGAACCCAAUUGCUUCAGAUAAGUACUGGUACAAGUAUAUUCAUAUCUUACGCUGUUUGCACAGGGAUACAGCUUUACAGUUUUCAAAUAAAGCCAAGAAUAUAUUCCCUACCUCUUGGAAACUUUGGAUCCAAAAUAUCCAAAUUCUUUUGUAUGAUUCCAACAAUCCAAAAGUUGCGAGAGAAGUAGCAUCUCAAGCGGUUAAGCAGUGUGCUAAUUCAAUUCCAGUUUGGAAGAUGUUAUCACUUAUAGACGAAAAGUAUUUGAAUGUAACUAUCAGGGCAAGGUCUGAUUUAGAUAUGGCAAUUUUACAAAACCCAAAAAGUGAUGAACUUUUAGUUGCAAAGGUACAAUUUGAAAUACGACAACAAGACAUGAUUGCUGCUAGACAACUUGCCAAUAAAGCAUUGAAGUUGUUUCCUAAUUCACCAUCAGUAUGGAUGGUUUACCUUUCUCUUAUUCCGAAAAUGUCCCACAGAAAAACAUCAUUCUUGGAUGCCAUGAAGAAAACUGAAAAUUCACCAAUUAUAUUGCUUGGAGUUGGAGUGUUUUUCUGGGUUGAUGGAAAUCAUCAAAAGGCAAAAGCUUGGUUUGAUCGUGCGUUGAAAGCUGAUCGGAAAAAUGGUGAUAUUUGGGGUUGGUCUUAUAAUUAUUUGCAAAAGUACGGUUCUGAAGACGAGGUUAAUAAGUUCUUGAGUCAAUUUGAAGAGAGUUAUGAUGAUAUUAAUACAGGCGAUCGUUUCUGUUCCAUCAAAAAGGAUAUAAAGAAUUUUGACAAGAAACCUGCUGAAAUUCUAAAAUUUGUGUCAUUAUGUCUAUUAAAUAAGGGGGUGGGAUUACAGACGAUAUAAUUCAUACAUUUUAAGAUUCAAUGCACUUAAAAGACAAGGAAAUUGACCUUGUUGUUCUUUGACCCAUUUCUCGGCCAUUUCUUCACACAUUGAUUUGAAUUCAAAACUACCAUAUGCCUUCAAGGCUUUAGUUUCAAAAUCAAUAACUAAAUAGGAUUUUUCUUUUGGUGGUAGAUAUUUAGAAACUAAUUUUAAUCUCGAUGAUAAUUCAUUAGGAUUUGUGACACUAGGAAGAAAUUCAAUUGUAAAUCCGAAAUAUUUAGAUAUUAUUGUUAAAAUAUCUUUACUCUUUUUCGAGUACACUUCUUUGAAUCGGGUAAUUCUUCUAUUCAAUUCGUUAAUUUUAUUUUGAAGCAACGACUUGUCAUUUUCUUGUCUUUCAAAAACUGCCCUGGGGAUAGAAUCGACUUCUUUAUUGUUUAUGUACUUGUCGAUUAGACAUUGAUUUUCAUUCCUCAAUGCAUCUAAAGUUUCUUUCUUAAUUGCUUGAUCUUUAGCAACUAAAUUAUUUUUUAAUUGUAAAAUUUGAAGGUCUUUCCGUUUUUCAUUUAAGGAAUUGGUGUCCCUUAAUUUGUUUGUUAAUUCUUGCACAGUAGACUCCAAUUGUUUAAUCUUGGUUAAAAGUUUAACAUUUUCCCUUUCUAAAUCGGAAACUUGAGAUUUAAAGCUAAGUCUUUUGUUUGCAUCAUCUGGAUGUGGCCGUUUAUUACCAAUGCUUGGCUGGUUAGGAUGAUUAACUUGAGCUUGUAAUUUCUCAAUUUCUUGUUUAUAUUCUCCAACUAGUUUCUCUAAAUUGGUUAGGUAUUGAUCAGUCGCCUUAUCAUAGGUCUUGUUUUCACUCUCUUGUUUCUUUGCUUGAAUUUCUUCCAAUUCUUUCAACAGAUUUCUCAAAAACACAAUUUCACGAGAAUUCAAGUUUUUUGCUCUUUCCAAUUGUUCAUUUUGCUCAACUAGAGAUUUGCUGUUGGAUUCUAAACUUUCUAUGGUUGGAAGGUAUUCUUCUUCUAUAAGCUGCAUGUUUUCUUCUAAACACUCUCUUAAUUCAUUCACUUCUCGUGUUUUGUCGUCCAACUUCUCUUGAAGAGUUAAAGUCCUGGCUUGCAGUUCUUUAAACAUUUGAAUGAAAUUCUUUAUUUUGAUUGUAUUGGUUUCUUCGUCCUUUUGGUCAGAGCUUUGGAUUGACUCAUUCAAAAUUCUAAACAAAUCAUUGAAUUUUGCUUGUAUUUCGGAUUUUUCAAUGUCCAAUUGUUGGCAUUUUUCUUCAACACCUUGUAAAUGUAUAAGUUUAUUAGUUAAAGUGGUAUUCUUCUCUUUUAAAACUUCAUUUGAGAUCUGUGUUUGUAACAAUUUAUCAUACUUUGAUUGU